CUCCUCUCUCCCCUGUAGCAGUAAGCUGCUGUCAGAGCUGCGUCAGGAAGCAGCGGUAUGCCUGGGUCUCCUGUGCACCGCUCUGAGCUAUGAAACAGAGCGUAUCUUCAAGUGGAUGUUUGUCAAGUUCAGCUCCAGCACCCGGGACGAGGUCAGGCUGCUGUACCUGGUGGCAGCGUACCGAGCCCUGGAGGCAGCCGGGGAGAGGAAGGCCUUCUCACCUGUCAUGCAGCUGGUGAUGAGUAGCCUGCAGUCCAUCCUGGAGAACCUGGACACGCCGGAGCUGCUGUGUCAGAGCGUCCGCUGCAUCCUGCAGGUGGCCCGCUGCUACCCACACGUCUUCAGCACCAACUUCAGAGAUACGGUGGAUAUCUUGGUGGGCUGGCACAUUGACCACACACAGAAACAGUCUCUGACUCAGCAGGUCUCAGGCUGGCUGCAGAGCCUGGAACAGUUCUGGGUAGCAGACCUGACCUUCUCCACCACGCUGUUGGGACAGUUUCUAGAGGACAUGGAGGCCUACGCAGAG